AUGUCUCGCGCUCCAGGUGCCCUUGUUAAUUUACGUGCGUUUUUUGUCUAUCUUUUGCUGGUCUGCUAUAUACCCCAUGUCUGGUCGCAAAGUCAAAAACCUCUCCAAAAAGAGCCGGGAUCCGGACAACCGAAGAAAAUCGCGAUAGUUGGUGCUGGAGCUGGUGGAGCAUCGGCCGCGUACCAUCUCCGCAAGUAUUGCGAUUUCUUCUCCGUCCCAAUCGACAUCACCGUCUUCGAGAAAGAGGCCUAUAUUGGUGGACGAUCCACAACGGUUAAUAUUUUCAAUGACCCGACUCAGCCUGUAGAGCUGGGCGCGUCCAUUUUUGUAAAUGCCAAUAAAAAUCUCGUCAAAGCAGCUAAAAAAUUUGGCCUCAGGCUGAAGGAAGCCAAUUACCAGGUCCCAAAGGAAUCCAACUACAAUUUGGGUGUAUGGGAUGGCUAUAAGUUUGUGUUUUUGCAGCGUACCACGAGCUUUCGUUGGUGGAAUAUUUUCCAUCUUCUUUGGAAAUAUGGAUGGGCCCCGAUGCGAACCCAGAGCGUAAUGACAUCUACCGUCGACAAGUUCCUCAAAAUGUACAAGUGGCCCUAUUUUCCUUGGAAGUCUAUAUCCGCGGUUGCUAUGAGUACUGGCCUCAGCGAAGCUACUUGGACAACGGGAACAGAAUUCCUGAAAGACAAUCAUAUUUCUGAAGAAUUCGGACGAGAAAUAAUCCAAGCUUCUACUCGAGUGAAUUACGGACAAAAUCUUCCACUGAUUCACGGGCUUGAGACUAUGGUUUGCAUGGCAACUGACGGUGCCAAAUCUGUUGAAGGCGGCAAUUGGCAAAUAUUCCGCGGUAUGAUCGACGCCUCCAAGGCCGAUCUGAAAUUGAAUACUACAGUGGAGGAAGUGCAUCGCAACGAUGACAACACAUAUACUCUUGUCUCUCAAGAACGUACAGAAAAUGGCACACAACUUAAUACUUUCGACCACGUAAUCAUUGCCAGCCCGCUCCAAUUUACCGACAUUACGAUGUUCCCACCCCUCGAUCAGGUUCCCAGUUCUGUUUCCUAUGUUGAGCUUCAUGUCACGUUGAUCGCCUCUCCACGUAAAAUCUCGCCACGAUUCUUUCGGCUCCCAGGUAACAAAGACCCCGUUCCAGAGGUAAUUCUCACUACCCUCCCAGAAGGCCUGGACCUAGGAGCUCGCCGGGACGGCGUGGGCCCCGCCGGAUUUUGGAGUAUCAGUACGAUAAUGCAAGCCAGGCCACCCGCGAGCUCGCCUACAUCUCCUGACCAUUAUGUGUACAAGGUCUUCUCGCCACAGGCUUUAUCAUCACAAUUUCUUGCAGAUCUAUUCGGCGUUCCAGAAAUAGAUCUGUACGACAAGAAUGCUUCAUCUAGCGCAUCAGGCAUUGGGCCCUUUGCAGCCAGCGAAAUCUCUUGGCUUUAUCAAAAGAAGUGGAACUCGUACCCCUACCUAUACCCUCGCGUGACGUUUGAAGACAUCAAAUUGGCCCCGAAUCUUUGGUACACUAGUUCGAUAGAGAACUUCAUUUCGACGAUGGAGACAAGUUCCCUGGCAGGAAUGAAUGUUGCCGCACUGAUUAUGAGUGAAUGGAUCUCAGAGUUUGAAGUCAAGUUGAAGAAGUAUGAAGAAAGCUCAUAG